UACUGUAAUUCUCAUCCCUCCCUUUAUUACGCACCAAACAAACGUUCCAAAACCGAUUGAAAUGUGACAUAAAUAAAGCCUGCGCUCCACCUGGCGGGAGCGAAAUAAUGAGAUUUUAUGUUAACAUAAAACGCGCAGAAUUCCUCCCCUGAUUACUCAAUCCUCAUUGCUUUCAAAUGUCAAAAAGAACAGGUGAAAAUUUGGUCACUACAAACAGCAGCUGGUGCUCUACGUAGAAUAAUAAUAAAAUCAUUUCGAAUGUCACGGAUGUGAUCAUUUAUAAAAACGACUAGAGACUAUAAAAUCUGAUUAGCAAUGUCACGGCAUCGGGACGUGCGGAGUAUGAAAUAUUCUGAUGAGUACGAUGGUUAUGACGACGUUUAUGGACACUCUGUAGAAGACGACUACUGUGUAUCUCCUAGUGCUGAACAAUUCAUGUUCGAUCGUAAUAAACAGCAGAAUAUUGCAUCCUUUUUCACUGAACCGGAUAUAAAAGAAGACAAUGAAGAUGAUGAGGAAGCGUGUGGAACUGAGGAGAAACCACAACUCUCGGAAAUUGACGCUGCAAAACUCGUAUCGUGCAUUGAAUUCAUUAGAAAUAUUAUUGGAGACUCAGUAUCGGAGGCUGAACUUACGGAUAAAAUCAUCAAGGCUGAUUUCAUUGCUGAAGUUGCUCUUGAUGAGAUUUUGAAGGUUACACCUCAGAAAAAUGAAUUUCCAGCCGCAAUGGCGAAGGACAGGCUAGACUCGCAAACAGGUGUGAAAUUAAUAAAGCCAGUGGUGCAAGUGGCUGUUUCAUCAUCGAUAAAAGUGGUGCCAGCCGCGACAAAAACGGUGAUAAAAGGCUUCAACCUCGGUGCAGAAGGCAAUGAAAUAUUUUCACCUCGAAUUGAAACACCAAGAUCUCAAAGUCCAGCAUCACUGCCUCACUCACCCGAUCCCCGGCGAAAGGAUGGCAGUACCAAAAGAUUGGAGGUCUCAACAUCGACGUCACCAAGAUGUCAAUCUCCAUUUGGAUCUGGUCGUGCAACACCAGACACCGAGACUCGUGGAAAGACUCAGGAGGAUAAACGAGACGUUCUCUCGAUUUAUCAGAAAAAUCGUGGAGACUCCAAGGAGCAGUUACAUCUCGUUGUUGUGGGCCACGUGGAUGCUGGCAAGAGCACACUCCUGGGGAGAUUGCUGUGCGAUCUGGGGCAGGUGUCGUCGAAACUCAUUCACAAGUACCAGCAGGAGAGCAAGAAGAUCGGAAAGCAGAGUUUCGCUUAUGCCUGGGUGUUGGACGAGACUGGAGAAGAAAGAGAACGUGGCAUUACUAUGGACAUUGGAUAUUCCAAGUUUGAGACUGAUACGAAGUCUGUAACUCUCCUUGAUGCUCCUGGACACAAAGAUUUUAUUCCCAAUAUGAUCACUGGGGCUACACAGGCUGACGUUGCACUUUUGGUUGUCGAUGCCACCAGAGGGGAAUUUGAAACUGGAUUUGAGAGUGGUGGCCAAACCAGAGAACAUGCUCUCCUUUUACGUUCAUUAGGUGUUUCACAAUUGGCAGUGGUAGUGAAUAAAUUGGAUACCGUAGACUGGUCAAAGGACAGAUUCAAUGAGAUUGUCGAUAAAAUGAGUCUUUUCUUGAAACAAGCUGGGUACAAGGAUAGAGUUACUUUUGUACCCUGCAGUGGACUGUCUGGAGAGAAUAUCGUUAUGCCGCCUAAAGCAGAACAACUUUCUUGUUGGUACACAGGCCCAACUCUUCUCUCAGUGAUUGAUCAUUUUAAAUGUCCCGAACGACCGGUCAAUAAACCCCUUCGUUUCUCUGUCAACGAUAUUUUCAAAGGGACUGGAUCAAAUUUCUGUGUCUCAGGUCAUGUCGAGACUGGAAUGGUCGCUGCUGGAGACAAAGUUCUUGUAUCACCUCACAAUGAGAUUGCUGUAGUUAAAGGAAUGCAAAUCGAUGACCUAUCGACAACGAACGCGUUCGCAGGUGAUCACGUAUCCCUUACCCUUUCUGGAAUCGAUCAACAAAACGUAGCUGUUGGAGACAUUAUUUGCUCGCCAUCUAGACCAGUUCCAGUGACAACGUGCUUUCAAGCUCAUGUUGUCAUUUUUACAGUGGCAAUUCCCAUCACCAAGGGAGUGCCAGUAGUUCUUCAUGUUCAAUCUCUCGUCCAGCCAGCUGUCAUCACAAAAUUAAUUGCCCAAUUGCAUAAAAGUACUGGGGAAGUAACGAAGAAAAAGCCCAGAUGUUUACCCAAAAACUCGAGUGCAAUAAUUGAAAUAAAAACGAAUCAACAAAUUUGUUUGGAAUUGUACAGAGACGCUAAGCAGCUCGGAAGAGUUAUGCUCAGAGUUGCUGGUACAACAAUUGCUGCAGGACUCGUUACAAAAAUCAAGUGAAGACUUUUUAACUAAAUAAGUGAUGAAUGGCUUCAGUGAACCUCUCACUCCACAAUCAAAAUAUAUUUCUCAUUGUCAGUGAAUAAUUGGAGUCGGAGAAAUCUGGAGAUCCACUGACGAUUAAAAAAUAGUUUCAUCUUUAUUUUAUAAUGAUUUUACAUUUUAAAAAUUUGAAAAAUAAAGUUCAUUCCUCUUCUUGAGGCGAAAAAAAAAUUAUUCGUUAUUAUGUUAUCAGAAUUUGAGAUGUAGCUGGAAUGUGAUUUCACAGUGAAUUGGGAACAAAUUUGUGGCUAUUCGGGUUAUCAGAAGAUUUUAUUUGAUUUGAGGACCGAUG